AUGUCAAUUUUUCAUAUGACAGAUAUAUCUGAAAAACAUUCUUCAUAUACUAGCCAAUCGGCAAACAAAGAAGUUUGUUUCAUUUCUUAACUAGAGCAAUUAUUAAACAUUAAGAAGUGAAGUUCGUACCUCCAUAAUAGAUAGCAACAACCAUUUCGAAAAGUUAGGCCAAAAAAAAGCUAAAAGUUCAAAAGGAGGAUAUUCAAGUAAAGAAAGUCCAAGAAAGUACCAAAAUAAAUUGAAACCCUUGGAAAUUUUAUUUGGGAAACCACCUUAAAGUUAAGAAUAAGUAUCUCAAUCUUCACCUGCCAAAAUUAGUGGAUUGAAGAAAAAGUAACAUUAUCCUAAAUUCUUUAUGAUGCAACAGAUUGGUACUCAAGAAUAAACAGGCAAGUUCCACCUUUCUACUGAUGCAUAAGAUUUUAAGAGCACCUAUUAUGAUUAAGCAGGAUCCAAACAUUCAUCCCUUUCAUCAUAGAGCAGAUACAAUCAGGAUGCUUUAUUAAGAUCAGCAUCAUUGACAUAUAAAUUUUAUUCUGAAAGAGGGUACAAUAAAUUAAUAAUUAGAAAGCACAUAACUCAGUAAUGCCAUCCCAAUUUAAUGAUUAGUUGAGAUAAAAAAUUUAUUAGAAUUAACUCCUUCAAGUGAACUUUAAAAUUUACCAAGAAAGUACUAUAUUUUAAUUAAUAUUAGUUAUUUGGAUGAGCUUCAAAGAUUAGCUAGUUCAAUAUAAAGAAAUUUAAAGCACCAUAACGAUAUUCGCUUACAAGAGUGA